AUGCUGUCUUCUACAUCAACAUUCUUUCCUCUCGUGAAAAUCGACUACAAGCGAAUGGAAUUAUUGCGGAAAGCGGCACAGAUGAAAAAUUUCCGUGUAAAUGAGGAUACGCUGAGAAAAUUGAACGACGUUGAAACAGUUGGUGAGAUAAUUUCCACAACACCGUCGACAUCGUCAGUUGAAUCAUCAGGAUUUCGAAGAAAUGCGAAAAGAAAAAUGGACGAUGAUUCGAACACCAGUAUGUUUUCAGAAGAACAAUGCUCUCAUUGUGGAUGCCGAAUGCUUCGAGUUGUUGAUCCAGGACGUCCCGAUCGUAUGAUGGUUCUGGAGUGUAUGCGCUCAAAUUGUCUGGCAUCUGUGAAACUUACUGAUCUUCCAGUUGGGACGGUCAUUGGAAAGGAAAUUAGUUUGACUCCGAAAUCCGCCUACAACACUCUAGCUCGCUACUAUCCCAAAAACCGUUACACUCCGGAAUUGGAUUCAUUCGAUCAGGAACAACAUGGAAAGCGUAAAGCGAAUGUCAAGAUUUUUGAGUCAUCUGCAAGAGGAAUAUUCAUUGAUGUUCCAGGACAAGACACCAAAGCUCGCUUUGUGGCAUAAUUUUAAUAUUAAUCGUUAAAUUACUAGUAAUAUGCCGGGUUGAUCACAAAACCAAAAAGCCAACGCUGUAUUAAUUUUCACUUCCGAUUUACUGAACGAUCUGAAUUGUCUGAUAAAUAUCAAGUUUAUAAAAGUAACAUAAAACGAUAUUUCUUC